AUGGCGUCGUAUGUGAACAUGGUCUUACUAUUUUUUAACCUCCUCCUCAUGUUUCUGGUUGCUACGGCCGGCCGAGAUUUUUAUAAAAUUCUUGGUGUUGACAAAUCGGCAACAAUUAAUGAAAUUAAGAAAAUCUAUCGAAAGAAAGCAAAAGAGAUGCACCCGGAUAAGAAUCCAGACAAUCCAAAUGCUGCAGAACUAUUUCAAGACCUUAGUGCAGCCUACAAGGUUCUUUCAGAUCAAGAAAAAAGAAAAAUUUAUGAUCGUCUUGGAGAAGAAGGGUUAGAACAAAGAGAUAUGAGUGGAGAUCCUUUUUCCAACUUUUUUGGAGGCUUUAAUUUUAAAGAACAAACUCCUGAUAUUGCCAGAGGAGGUGAUGUAAUAAUGGAUUUAGAAGUCUCACUAGAAGAACUUUAUUCAGGAAACUUUGUUGAGGUUAUUAGGUACAAACCAGUUGCAAAACCUGCAAAAGGAAAACGAAAGUGCAAUUGUCGAACAGAGAUGAUCACUACUCAGUUAGGACCAGGCCGUUUUCAGAUGACUCAGCAGCAUGUUUGUGAUGAAUGUCCAAAUAUUAAAUUUGUCCCUGAAGAGAAAAUUCUAGAAGUAGAAAUUGAAGCUGGUAUGAGAGAUGGUCAUGAGUACCCCUUUAUUGCAGAAGGUGAACCACAUAUUGAUGGUGAGCCUGGUGAUCUCAAAUUUAGAAUAAAACAAGCAAAACAUCCUAUAUUUGAAAGGCGAGAUGAUGAUCUCUACACAAAUGUAACUAUCAGUUUGACAGAUGCUUUAAUAGGUUUUGAAAUGGAUAUAAUACAUUUGGAUGGUCACAAGGUUCAUGUUAAAAGAGAAAAAAUUACACGUCCAGGAGCACGAAUGAGAAAAAAUAAUGAAGGAAUGCCUAAUUAUGAAAAUAUCCAUAAACGUGGAGCUUUAUACAUAACUUUUGAUGUGGACUUUCCAAAGAAAACAUUGUCUGAUGAAGAAAAAGAGAUGAUAAAGAAGAUAUUGGAACAAGAGUCAAAACAGCAAGUCUAUAAUGAUUUAUAA